AUGGCCUUUGGUUCAGACCCGAACCCCACCACCCCCGUCUCCAACACGCGGAGAGAAGAAAGGGAGGGCCACCACCACCACUCCUCCACCACCCCUACUUCGCUUACCGCCUUCGCCAACCCCGAGGCGGAGUGGGACGACGCCGACGCCACCGACGAGGAGGAGUGGGCCGCCGCGUCGGCCGCCGCCGCCGCCGAGUUGGAGGACGAGGCAAAGUGGGAGGACGCCGCCCCCGCCGAGUCGGAGGCCGACGUCCCCGCCGCCGGGUCGGAGGACGACGCUGGGGGCGAGGCGGACACGGGAGAGCCCGACUCCCCGCCCCGAUGGUGGCCAAGCACCUCGGCGCGCCGCGACCCCCGCAAGACCGAGCUCUUCCGCAGGCUCGACGCCGCCUGCGAAGACCGCCGCCUCCAGGAGGCUCGACACCGCAAAUCUCCACCGCCACCGACGGGUGCUGGAGACCCCGACGAGCCUAUUUGGCCACCGAAAAGCCCCCAUUGGAGGCGCUUCAGGGAAUUAAGUGCUACGAAGUCCAGCCCUGCUAAUCCUUUGCUCAACCCUGACGAGAAUUCAUUAUCUCUUCCACCAUCAAACAAGAGCAAGGAGUGUGAAACUUUUGCCAUCACCUCCAACAGGGAACUAAGUGCUACGAAGUCCAGCCCCGCUAAUCCUGUGCUCAACCCUGAUGAGAAUUCAUUAUCUCUUCCACCAUCAAACAAGAGCAAGGAGAUGUUAUAUGACAAGGUCGUGGACCAAGGGGAUGACACUGCAUCAUCUCAAAUUGUUCCUUAUGAGAAUGCCCAUGAAGAAAAGCCUCUGCCUGUUCCGUCUAAAAAAAUAAAACCCUCCAUUGAUACAUAUGCUGUGCAAUGUGGCAACUGCUGGAAAUGGAGACUUAUUCCUACCAAAAAAAAAUAUGAUGAAAUUCGGGAGAAAUGUAGUCAGGUUCGUUUUCUUUGCAAACAUGCCCAUGAGUGGAAGCCUGGAGUCUCAUGUGAUGAUCCGGCAGAUAUAUCUCAAGAUGAUGGGUUCUGGGUGAUUGAUAGACCAUGCAUCGCUCAGACCCCUCUUGGGUGGGAAAGGAAAAUAUCUAUAAGAAGAGAAGGGGGCAGCAGAUUCGCUGACGUGUACUAUUCUCCUCCUAAAGGCCCAGCAUUAAGAUCAUUCAAGAACUUGAAAAGUUAUCUUCAAGACAACCCAGAUUGUACUAUCGAUUUACAAAAAUCUAAGAAAUGGUUCAAGGUACCUGAAUGUCUCCAGGGCUACCUGAAAAGGUGCCGCAGUCAGUCAAAGCCUCUUGAACCAAACGAAGUGCUACCUCUAUCUUCUGCGCCUCCAAUUCAUGAGGAUCUCGCGCCCAACUGUGUGCUGGCCCUGUAUGACGAAGGCCAAUACUGUAUGUGACAUGCCAGCCAGUGCAGAGUGUCAGGCCGCUCCCCAGUGCGAUAGCAUGUUCCUGUAUGUGAUAUACCUUAGCUUGCUCCCCUAGUUUACACCAUAGCUGCCUCCUGCUUAGAUGGAAUUGAGAAAGUUUUUGGGAAAUUGACAUCUCAACAGACUGAUGUCGCGGAAAGUUAAUAAAAGUUCAAAACUGCCACCUUGGUUAUACCUCA